AUGACGUCCUACUCACGAAGGUCAAGGUAUUCGCCCUCUCCUUCACCCUCUCCCUCACCAUACAGGCGUUACGGUAGGUCUUUGUCCAGGUCUCUCUCAAGGUCCAGAUCCAGAAGCCGUUCAAGGAGCAUAUCUCGAGAUGCUGAAAAUCCGGGAAACAAUUUGUAUGUGACCGGACUGUCUCCUAGGAUCACCAAGAGAGAACUGGAGAAGCAUUUUGCCGCUGAAGGAAAAGUGAUAGAUGUUCAUCUGGUUGUUGAUCCAUGGACAAGGGAAUCCCGUGGUUUUGGAUUUGUGACAAUGGAUACUCUAGAAGAAGCUGACCGUUGUGUGAAGUAUUUGGAUCGCUCUGUACUUGAAGGGCGUGUUAUCAUGGUGGAGAAGGCUAGAAGACGACGCGGUCGAACCCCAACACCUGGGAAAUAUCUAGGUCUCAGGACUAUUCGAGGACGUCGUCGUUCUCCAAGCUACUCUCCUCGACGUUCUCCUAGCUAUUCUCCAUAUAGAAGAAGCUACAGUCGAUCACCUUCUGAUCGUAGUAGAAGUCGCUCUUACUCUCCUGACUACAGGCGAAGGAGGUCCUACUCUCCUGAAUACAGGCGAAGGAAGUCCUACUCUCCUGAAUACAGGCGAAGGAGGGCAUACUCGCCAUACUCUAGCCGACACAGGUCAUACUAUUAUUAUGACCGACACAGGUCAUAUUCCCGGUCUCGCUCUCCUUACAGCAGGUCUCCUGUCAGCACGCGUGUCCCGUCACCCUCUCCCUAUGACUCUAGAUAUGACUCACCUGAUGAUAGCUACUACAGAAGGUACCGUUACAGGUCAGUUUCCCGAAGUGUCUCACCCAAGCCAAGAAGGUCAAGAAGGAGGAGCUACUCAAGGAGUGCCUCUCCUGUUCGAAGUGUCUCCCCCAGGCCAAGGAAGAGAUCAGGAAGGAGUCAUUCAAGAAGCUCUAGAAGGAGUGGUGGUUAUGCCAAACAUAAUCAUUCUCGAUCAAGAAGUUCAAGUGUAAGGGCGAGUUCUAGAUCCUUUUCAAGGUCUAAUACUCCCGGAUCUACUCCUUCAAAUUGA